UGUGUGCUUUGAUAUAGUCUACUAGACGUUUAUCAGACGAUGAGAUAAGUCAAGUUUCUUUUUAGGCCCCUGGCUCCUGCACUUCACAACUCUAUCUCAAGGAUUUCUGUCAUCAGCAAACUCUACUUUCAAGUGGAGGAGACAUAAAGCGUAUACGGACGCCUAGGGUAGGCCUUAAUUGGAGUAUUUUUUUCGCUGGAGUUCAAGAUCUGCUCUGUUGUUGGUCAAAGAGUCAUGAACGGCUACCGUCGAAAGUCCUUUUGCGGUUUCGUGCCUUCCGUGGAAAGAAUGAAAGAUGAAAGAUACGGCCACCUUAAGGCAAGGAAAUAUUCCGAAGCCUGCAUUCAGCAUAAAAUAAACAGGCCACCAAAUGAUAAGAAACUGGGAGAUUUACGAAGGUCUGCUUCAUUACCGGACUGCCAAGAAAUGGCAAGAAUACACUCUAAAGGGCCGUCUCGCAGCAAGGGAAUAUUCUCGGAUCCACCCGAGGGCAUCACGAGAACCCGUAGCGUUUCGUUCGCUCCAGAAGUUGUCUUCUUUACUGCAGUGGCUGAUAACGAUGUCGCAGAGCUCACGAAGAUUAUUCACAAGCAGGAAAUAGAUUUAAACCACCAGAGUCCGUCUGGACUCACGGCGCUGCAUUACGCAGCUGCCGAAGGAAGCUUCGAAUGUCUUCAACUGCUGAUAGAUUACGGUGCCGAGGUGGAAUUGUCAGACUCGCAAGGGUGCUCUGCAUUGGAUUUUGCUGUGCGUGGGGGGCACUUUGACUGCGCAUCGUACCUUAUCAAAGCAGGUGCCGAAAUAAAAAAGAUUGUAAAUGGUCUGUAAACGUAGACCGCCAUGGUUCAUUUGAUUAGGACGAGUUACAAUCAAAGGAAUGCUGCGUGAUAAUUGUUCACAACUUAAAACCCUAUCUCUCGACGUAUUACAAGGUCUAUAAAUAGGCCUUGAGCGCAAAGGUCUGCACGGUGGAAUUGCAAGAAUUGGAGAAGAUACCAGUAUUCUUAAAUGCGGCCAGCAUAACAAUGUUUGAGUUUUUAAUCUUCUUUUUUCGUUUCCUAUAACACGCAGAUUUAUUCGUUCAGUUAAGGUAAAUGACGUGCUUUUGCGGUGCGAAAAGCCGCACUAAACAUUCCUGGUAUGUUUAAAUAAUCAUCUAAAGACUUAUUUGUGAACAAAAACAACUUUUAAAAACAAAAAAGCCCCCUAGUAGUUUUUUUUUAAUGAAAUCCUUCUGUAAUAGCCCGGCAGCGAGAAACACAUGGGUAUCGCAACUGUUGAUUUAAGGCUUUUUCAAAGUUGAACUUAAGCGGAAAGGUCAGCUUUUAAUGGACUACAUACCUGUAAAAAAAUCGUUAAAUAUUUGCAAUAUGUCAACUGCAUAUACAAAGUUAACUCCGUUUGAAGGGGCUCACUUUUUGACUUGUUUACAUAAGGCACUGUGCCGAAAUUAAAGAAGGACACAAGAAAAACAAACGGCGGAUAGAUGUUAAAUAAUUCUUUUCUAAAACAAAGCUUCGAGGAUGAAAACUGAGAAGCCGCGUUGUCGACUCCUUUGUUUGUGGUUUCGCUUUUGCGCAAUGAAAGAGAAUAUACAACAUUGAGGGCAUUUGUAUUUAAUGGUCAGGGCCAUUAAGAAAGAAAAGAUAUAGAUGAUUCGUAUUGUACUAGAAAUAACAGGUCUGAUGGUUUUAAUUGUUUCGUCCAAAAUAGACAGCCUAACAAAUGUUGAAAGCCAAAGCAAGAAGAUAACUCUCCAGAGGAUUAUGUAUGUAACUGAAGUAGUUUCUCUUCAGGAAGAAGUUUCACUUUUUUGAGUUUUUAUACCAGAUUGACUUUGUUGACUCUCUGACCGGCUUGUAAAUGUGGUUGAAUGCGAAGGGAAAUGGGUAAAUAAAUAAUGAAUUAAUCACGA